UCCACUCCAGCAGCGACCGAUGGCGAUCAGAGCGACGGAGCCCAUAUCAGCGACGAAAAAUUUCCAGCCUCUCGCGAUCACACGGCCACCACUCUCAUCUAUUUAUCCACGUGGCGCCCUCCAACUGGCCUGGCCCCCAGCUCACCGCUUCCUCAUCUGCCACCGGCCAGUCGCCUUCAGUGACCACCGCCUCGUAGACCCCGCGCCUCCGCUCCCCGCCGACGUCGCCGGAGGAGGCCGCCACCGUUAUGCCAUGGUCGUCAUCCUGUCCUCCGCGCCAUCGACACUGACUCCUCCCCCACGCGCCCGUAGGCAGCCAAGGAGCGGCCUCCGCGGGGGCCUCGCGCGCCUCUCUGGCGCGCUCGGCCUCGCCCACGGCGGCGCGGGCACCGCGCUCGCCGCGCCUCUCUCGUACGAGGAGACGCUGCGCCUCUCGUCAGACUCCAGCGGGGACGGGGGCGCGUUCUCCCUCCCCGACCUCGGCCUCGACGGUCUCGUCGACUUCGUCGCCCAGAACCCGCUCGUCGUCGCCGCGGGGCUCGCCGCGGUCGCGCUGCCGCUGGUACUCUCGCAGGUUCUAGGGGGCGGUGGCUCCAAGCCCUACGCCGUCGUGUCCGCGAGGGCAGCCUACCAGCGGCUGCUGGAGGAGCCGGAUGCGCAGCUCGUGGACAUCAGGCCGCUCAAGGACGCGCGGGAGGCCGGCGCGCCCGACCUCCGGGAGGCUAAGAAGAAGGCGGUUGCCGUGCCAUAUAAUGGGGAGGACAAGAACGGCUUCUUGAAAAAGCUGGCGCUGAGGUUCAAGGACCCGGAAAACACCACGUUGAUCAUCCUCGACAAGUUUGAUGGGAACUCCAAACUAGUUGCUGAGCUUGUCACAGCCAAUGGUUAUAAAGCUGCUUUUGCGAUAAAGGAUGGCGCGGAUGGAAGUCGAGGAUGGGUGAGCAACAAUCUUCCCUGGAAAGCUCCUAAAAUGGGAUUCAGUUUCGACUUUGGCGAGCUAUUUUGGGAUGGUUCAGAUGGUUUACCUGUGACAAUUAGUCUUGCUGCUGCUACUGGUUUGGGAGUACUUGCCUACACAGAGAUUGAGACUGUGCUACAGUUUUUAGGGUCAGCUGCUAUUGUUCAGCUAGUGAUAACCAAGCUCCUGUAUGCCGAGGAUCGAAAGAAGACCCUAAAACAGAUCGAAGAGUUCUUUAACAACAAGGUUGCUCCGAAGGACCUUGUUGAUGAAAUAAAGGAAAUCGGGCAGGCUCUACUACCUUCAUCUGGUGACGCUAAGAGCCAACUAACACUAGCAGCUGCAACUCCAGCUGCUGCCACAGCAACAGCUGCACCAGCAGAGGCAGCUCCUGCUGCUGCCACAGGAACGGCCGCACCAGCAGCAGAACCCACCACGGAAUCACCUCCUGCAACGCCCACACCUCUAUCACCUUAUACAAAUUACCCGGAUCUGAAGCUGCCGUCCCCUCCUUUGCCACCGUCUGCGGAGGCUGAAGCUGAGGUGAAGGCCGAGAGCACCGCCACUGAAGCCCCAGGGGCAGUUAACUCUGCGCCGGUAGCAGAAGCCAGCACAGAAUCACCUCCGCCAAGCCCCCGACCUUUGUCACCUUACACAAAUUAUCCUGAUCUCAAGCCACCGUCCUCCCCUUCACCGUCGACACCUUAAUUAGGCAUGAGUACAAGAAACCGGGUCUAGAGGAAAUUAAAGAAAUUGAGUUGUUCAUAUGGAACUGGCGCCUCAGGAAAGGUGUAUGUUGUACUAUGAGUCUGACGACAGUGGUUCUUGAUCUCCGGAGCAAGUUUUUCCUAGCAGUAAAUAUAAAAUGUAAUAUCCACUGAUCGUUGUUUUCUGAUUCUCAUUUGGAUAUUUUCUUUUUGUACUUGUAAAUGUGGAAUUACUAGCUUUGAGUGUUCCAGUGCUAUAGAACUUGAUAUGUUUGGCCUGUAAA